ACGCACCGUAUCUUCCCUCCCUUGCCAAAUUCUGUACGCAAUCCCGGAUAAUGGCGUUUGGAGCCCGGGACCCUCCCUACAGCUCUCGUACCGCAUGCAACGCAUCCAAAGUCAAACAUUGACUUGGUACAAAUCAAGGACCCAUAUUUUCAUCAUGACUCCAAUCUGCCAUGGUUGAUUUCCCAGAAGCAGAACAGAAGAGGAUUUACGGAUCCGAAACCUCUCCUGUGAAAAGCAUGCAAAACCCAGAUUGGAAAAUCCUUCAAUACAGAUCCAAAUUGUAGGCAAAACCCAGCUCGUUGAAUCAAUUAAAAUGGUUUGAGAUUGGGUGAGUUCAAGUAUUUCCCUCUGCUAUAUGUGGAUGGCUGAAGAGGGAAUAAUGGUCAGUGAAUCCAAGAACGCACCUGCAAAAACAAGCCCUAAGCUGACACUGUUGCCUCUCAUAGCUUUAAUUUUCUAUGAGGUUUCUGGCGGUCCUUUUGGAGUGGAGGAUUCCGUCAGGGCCGGUGGCGGCCCUCUUCUUUCUCUGCUUGGUUUCUUAGUGUUUCCUUUGAUUUGGAGCAUCCCAGAAGCUUUAGUGACGGCUGAGCUCGCCACAAGCUUCCCGGAAAAUGGCGGAUAUGUGCUUUGGAUAUCAGCAGCCUUUGGGCCUUUCUGGGGUUUCCAGGAGGGUUUCUGGAAAUGGUUUAGUGGGGUUAUGGACAAUGCUCUUUACCCUGUCCUGUUCCUCGAUUACUUGAAGCAUUCGUUUCCUAUUUUUAACCGGAUGGUUGCUCGAAUUCCAGCUCUUUUAGGGAUAACAUUCUCAUUGACGUACUUGAAUUAUCGCGGAUUGCAUAUUGUCGGGUUCUCUGCUGUUUCCCUUGCAGUUUUCUCCCUUUGCCCAUUUGUUGUAAUGGCGAUUAUCUCGAUUCCUAGAAUAAGGGUUAAGCAGUGGCUAGUAGUAGAUUUUAAGAAAGUGGAAUGGAGAGGAUACUUCAAUAGCAUGUUUUGGAAUCUGAAUUAUUGGGAUAAGGCAAGUACACUUGCAGGGGAGGUUGAAAAUCCAAGUAAGACUUUUCCAAAGGCGCUUCUUGGGGCUGUAGUUGUGGUUGUUUCUUCGUAUUUGAUUCCGCUUCUUGCUGGAACUGGAGCUUUAAACUCUGCAUCUAGUGAGUGGACUGAUGGGUAUUUUGCAGAAGUUGGGAUGUUGAUAGGUGGCGUCUGGCUUAAGUGGUGGAUUCAAACCGCUGCUGCAAUGUCUAACAUGGGGUUGUUUGAAGCAGAAAUGAGUAGUGACGCUUUUCAACUUCUUGGGAUGAGUGAGAUGGGAAUGCUUCCUGCGAUAUUUGCUUCAAGGUCAAAGUAUGGAACACCUACCAUUAGCAUUUUGUGCUCUGCUACCGGAGUUAUCUUCUUGUCGUGGAUGAGCUUUCAAGAAAUCUUGGAAUUUCUUAAUUUCUUAUACGCUAUAGGAAUGCUUCUGGAGUUCGCAGCUUUUAUUAAACUGAGAGUGAAGAAGCCAGACCUUCAUAGACCGUACAAAGUUCCCUUCGAAACAUUCGGAGCAACAAUGCUUUGCCUGCCCCCUGCAUUGUUACUUGUUCUUGUUAUGUGCUUGGCUUCUCUGAAGACUUUCUUUGUAAGCGGUGCUGUAAUUAUCUUUGGGGUUUUGUUGUACCUUGUUUUAGUUCAAGCAAAGGAUAGAAAGUGGGUGCGUUUUGAUGGAGAACAACCUGCUGAGACUCCCAUUCACCGUCCGGAUGGCCAUUCCGCGGUUUCACACUUGCAUGAAGAAGGUGCAGACGAGGCUGCAGUCGGCCUGCUCACAGACUUGUCAUCGGUUAAUACAGAACAACAGUCCUCCAAGUUAAGGUCCGAAGAAGAAGCCUUGAAAUUAGAGUAGCUGUAAAUCUCUAUAUAUUUUGAAGCUUUACGAUUGCAUGAGUCAAAGAACGAUGCGUUAACCAAUAAAAUGUGUAUUUAAUUAGUGCAAUCUGUGUGUAAUACAAUGAAAAAAACAAUGUGUCAAGUUGCA